AUGAAUAAGAAAGUCGAAAUAUUGGAGUUAGAGUUCUACAUAGAUUCUGGUUUGACAUAUACGUAUCCUAUAUAUCCUUUUCCCCACAAACUGUUAGGUAUUGGAGAAAAGUCUGAGCUCCAAAACUCGUAUUCUUCCGACCCUCCAAGUCAUCAAUCUUGUGGAUACAACAUUGGAUUUAAGUUCCUCAAAGUUCUCCAUUUUCGUUGUGUUGAUGUGACUCGAGAAGUCCUUGAGUACUUCUUGUCUAACUGUGCAGCUCUUGAACGAUUAACUGUGAAUGCUGCUCACAAUUUGGUGGAUCUGAGAGUUGGUGGCCCCUUGAUUGCGUUGAAGCAUUUAACGUUAAUAGAUUGUUCUCGCCUCGAAAGUAUUGAGAUUUGUGAUGCAAAGCUGGUCUCUUUCCAUCUUUCUGGGAGAGAGGUGAAAAGACUGCUUCUCACUAGAGUACCGUUGCUUGUUGAGGUAUCCUACAUGACCGCAGUGAGAUCAAUAAGGCUUCUCGUCACUCAACUUUCAUUUUGUAUUUCCCAGUUAGAGAUUCUCAGUUUAGAUAUAAAUGGAGGGGACUACAAUCGGAAUCAUGUAUUUCCUAUAUUAUCAAAUCUCAUCAGGCAUUUAGAAUUAAAAUUUGAUUCAGACUGUGAGAGUGAUCUUUGUAAUUUUAUUCGUUUCAUUGAGGCAUCUCCCCACUUGCAUAGACUUGUGUUGAAGUUGCAGAACUGUACGCGUACGAGGCCUGAAAUAUGCAGGAAGAUAGGUAGAAUUGCCAAAUUGCCCCGUCAUUACCUCAAGGUAGUAGAGAUAGUAGGGUAUCGUGGGAGUCAUUGUCAUGUUCAACAUGCACUAUACUUUGUAAAGAAGGCUGUCGUAUUGGAGAAACUUGUUAUUGAUCCUGUCCGGCGUUGGGGGUGCUUGGCUCGAUAG